AACAAAAACAUACACAAACACAAUUUGAAGAAUCACAAGAAGUAGCUUCAUAGUUCAUCAUCAUCGUUAUUAUUGCAGCAUCAACAUGUCUUGUUCCGUGGCAGUUCCAACUUCCCCCGUGUUCUCUUUCUAUAACAACAACAACGUUAACUCUAAUUCCAUUCCCUCUACGACGCCGUCUUGCUCCUCUCCACCCUCCUCUCCCUUGUUGAAGAGAAGGAGGCCGGCCAAACUCGACAUUCCCGUCGCUUCUCUCGCUUUUGGUCUCUCGCCGGCGGCGGCUCCAUCUCCGGCGAGGGACGCCGUCGUGGAGGUCGACGGACGCGGGUUUUCCGUGUUCUGCAAACGAGGAAGGAGGCAUCAUAUGGAGGAUCGUUUCUCCGCUGCCGUUGAUCUUCACGGUCAACCAAAACAGGCUUUUUUCGGGAUAUUUGAUGGGCAUGGGGGCACAAAGGCUUCGGAAUUCGCUGCACAUAACUUAGAAAAAAAUGUGUUGGACGAGGUGGUUAGGAGAGACGAAUGUGACAUUAAGGAGGCAGUGAAGCAUGGUUACCUUAACACAGAUUCUGAAUUCUUGAAGGAGGAUCUUAAUGGUGGUUCUUGCUGUGUAACAGCAUUGAUUAGGAACGGUAACCUUGUUGUUUCCAAUGCUGGUGAUUGUCGUGCUGUGAUUAGCAGAGGGGAUAUGGCUGAAGCCCUAACAUCUGAUCACAAGCCUUCUAGGGAAGAUGAAAGGGACAGAAUUGAGACUCAGGGUGGCUAUGUUGAUGUGUGCCGUGGUGUUUGGAGGAUACAAGGGUCAUUGGCUGUUUCUAGGGGAAUUGGAGAUAGAAACCUGAAACAAUGGGUCAUAGCAGAACCUGAGACCAAAGUUAUCAAAAUUGAGCCUCAGCAUGACUUGUUGAUCUUAGCUUCAGAUGGAUUAUGGGAAAAGCAAUCAGGAAGCAGUAGAUAUUGCUCGUCCUUUAUGUGUAGGGAACAAUAGACAACAACCAUUGCUGGCUUGUAAGAAACUCGUGGAAUUAUCUGUGUCACGAGGCUCUCUGGAUGACAUAAGUGUUAUGAUUAUCAAAUUGCAAAACUAUAUUUGAAGUCUCAUUGGUACAAGAGAGAAUAGAAUGGUUGGGAAGGUACAAGGGGGCCUCCACCUUAAUUAUUUCUUCAUUCUUAGCCUUCAGCAGUAGAUCGAAUCAGUGAGAAUAUGAUGUGAUUAAGGGUACUUAAUUUUUAAUUGUAUAUAUCCAACGAAUGACAACGCUCGUUGGUGAUACUAAUUAGCUCUAACUUGAGUAAUUAUAUGGUAGAUUAAUGAUCUUGAUGUAAUGAGUAUCUUUUCGGAGUGUUUAAAAAGGGUUGAUUUUUAUUUUUAAUUUUUUUAUGUCGAGGAGGGGCAGAGCCCCGAAAAAACAAAGGAUUGAAUUUUGUAUCCGAUCCAAAUGCAAAUUAUCUCAUAUGUUGUUAAUUUAUUUUGGAUAAUUUAAUUUAGUCUUUUAAUUA